CCCCAGUGCCCACUUUUUGGGUCCCACUCUAAACGCUUUGCAAGUGCCCCACUCGUCUCCCCGCUGGAACAGUUGAUAACAUUAUUGGCAAACUUAGGGCGAUUUUCACGAGUACUAGAAGAAACGGACCUUGGAACGACCUUUUCGGGAGCGGAAAUCCUGCGUGCUACAAGUCUGUUAAGGAGUACCUACAUUUCAUAACCAAGGAGCAGGCAGCGGCAAAUGUAAGCUCCAAACAGGCCCUUCCUCUGUUUUUCGACAAACUGUCCAAACUCAUUCGUCACCUCAUCUCUGAGGCCUUUUCACCCAGUAAAGUUCCACCCGUCCAGCGGUAUAUCUUCGCACGAGACGCAGCUUUCUUCUGUGUAGAUUUUUUUUCCGGUGAUCGAGGUUCAGAUUUAGGUCGAACUCUAACCAAAGAAGUGCUCCUUCUCCCUGAUGGUCAAGGCUUCCUUUUCAGGCAAACUGCGGGGAAAACCUUGCGUGGUAAGGACUAUAAAACUUUUGCAAUAAAGGAAUACCAGGACGAUCACUUAUGUCCCGUUGCCAAUCUUUCGCGAUAUUUUCACCUGUCUAAAAGCAUGGCAGUAGACUUGUGUGACGGCUACCUUUUCAGAUCGACAGAUAAGCACGGUCGAGUUUCCACUAACCUCUUUGUUGGAUCCACUGCCGCCGCCCGACUUCAUACCUAUCUUACCGCGCUCGGUAUAGCUGAAGGAGAAACGAUGCACAGCCUCCGCCGUGGUUGCUCUAUCACUCUCUCCAUGAUCGGAGCGUCUAUGGAACAAAUCACAACGCACAUCGGCUGGAAAUCUACCCAGACCGCUAAGUAUUAU